AUUUAGUAGGCGUGUCCAUUUAAUUCAUUAUGUCUGCUAUUCCAACAUUGCAGCUUUCCAGUGGCACACUCAUGCCUGUGUUAGGUUACGGCACGUGGCUGUCAGAAGCUGCAGAAGUUGCAAAAGGCGUGAAAUGGGCCAUAGAGACAGGAUACCGACAUAUUGACUGUGCAGAGCGUUACGGAAACCAAAGGGAAAUUGGUCAUGCUCUCUCUGAAUUAUGGAAGUCAGGAUACAAACGUGAGGAUGUCUUCAUCACCAGUAAACUGUGGAAUACUCGCCACGACUGUCCUGAGGAGUCGGUCCGACAAACAUUGAAGAACCUACAACUCGAGUAUCUGGAUCUCUACCUUAUCCAUUUUCCGGAGGCAUUUCCUCGUGGAGCAAGAGAGGAAGAGAUGGGAUCAGGGAAGCGUGACUAUGCAGCAGUGACAUUAACAGAAACAUGGCAAAAAAUGGAGAGUCUGGUAGACAAAGGUCUUGUGAAAGCUAUUGGUGUUAGCAACUUUUUGGUGUCUGAGAUUCAAGAGAUCCUUGGUAGCUGCCGCAUCAAACCGGCAGUCAAUCAGAUCGAGGUCCAUCCAUACAAUACAUCCAUCCCACUAGUCGAGUUCUGUCACACCAACGGCAUCGCAGUCACUGCAUACUCGCCCCUCGCCAAUCAAUACUUUCUCACUGAAGUCGAUCCCAACAACACACGACGUCCAAACACGAAGGACAUGACGCCACUGCUACAGCAUCCUGUGGUUACAAAGAUCAGCGAGGCACACAAGAAGACAGCUGCUCAGGUUCUGAUUCGAUAUGUAAUUGAUCGUGGAAUGACGGUUAUUCCUAAGAGCAUGAGGUUGGAGAGGAUCAAGGAGAAUUAUGAUGUUUUCGAUUUCAAAUUGACCGAGGCCGACGUCGGCGAGCUCAACGCCAUGAACGUCAACUUCAAGCUGGUAGACCCCGGAUGGAGACUCUGGCCUCAACAGGCCUGACAAGACAACAUUCUUUCCUCACAUUUUACAUUCAUAUACAGCAGCUAGAUUGGUAGCCAAACAAUGUCAUGUCCGGUCACUGUGUCUGCUGCUUUCGCUUCGCCUUUUGUGACGGAGUUUGUUUGCCUGAACGAA